AUGGAGGUGAAGCGCGAGAGAAUGGAUGAGAUCGAGGAAUUAAGCGUAAAGUAUGACGCACCGAUCGUCGUGUUGUUCGAUUGCGACACCGCGGGGCGGCAGCUGAGGAAUGCGUUUUUGCGACGUUUUCCCGACGCCGCGCACGCGUUUAUGGGCACGCGCGUGAGCUCGGCGAAAGAGGACGGAAAGUGGCACGCGCGAGGGAACGUGGGCGUCGAGCACGGCGAGGGCGAGGACAUCGCGCGCGCGAUCGCCGACGCUCGCCGCGCCGACCGAGAUCGCGCGGUGUUCACGCGCGAGGCGCUCGCCGAGUGGGGGCUCGUCGCCGACGCCGACGCCGACGCCGACGUCUGGGCCGACUUCGGCGGCGUCGUGCAGCGCAGACGAUUGGUGGGCGAGUACCUCGGCGUGGGCGAUUGCGACGGUCGACAAUUACUUCGCCAGAUGAACCUGUUCUUCACCGAGGACGAGGCGCGCGAGGCGAUCGAAGCGCUUCCCAAACGCGGCGAGCCCGUCCCGCCGAAAAUGACCGACGGUCGCGCCGAUCGCGCCCGCGCCGGCGCGCGCGACCUCGACGAUUUCACCGCGUUAGGUUUCGAUCCCACGGCGUACGUUCCGCCCGGUCGCGCGCCCAGAGGAUUCGAGUAGGAUUUUUAUUUUCAAACGACCCUCGCGCG